GACCAAAGAAAGGAAAUUAACAAAAGCUAUGGAGAACUCAACACAAGUUGAGUUCUUUUAUCUAUGUGGAUUACAAGAGACAUUUAACAACAAAUCAGUCUAUUUUACCUUGUCUCUUAUCACAUACCUUCUCAUCAUCACUGGGAAUCUGACUCUGAUCAUAACAAUCAUUCAGGAGAAAGGCCUCCAUGAGCCCAUGUACAUCUUUCUGUGCAGUCUAUGUGUCAAUGGAUUGUACGGAACCACUGGUUUCUACCCCAAGUUCUUAUUGGACCUUCAGUCAGAUGUUCAGGUGAUAUCUUAUGGUGGAUGUUUGACUCAGGCCUAUGUAAUAUACACAUCUAUCAUGUGUGAAGUUUCAAUUCUAACAGUGAUGUCUUACGACAGGUAUGUGGCAAUAUCCAGACCAUUACUAUACCAUACCAUUGUGACAUCUUUAACUGUUAGAAAGUUACUCUUAUUGUCUUGGUGUUAUCCUUUAUUUAUAGCACUCAUAACAGUUAUUUUAACCGUCAGAGUUCCUUUGUGUGGAUCUCGCAUUGAUAAAAUCUUCUGUGACAAUCCGUCUAUAUUGAAGCAUUCAUGUUCACCCAUAACCAUCAAUCAUAUUUUGAGCUAUUGUAUAAUAGUGCUUCAUGUUUUACAGAUACUUUUCAUUGCCUUUUCUUACUGUCAGAUUGUAAGGACUUGUGUAAAGUCAGCUGAGGGAAGGAUUAAGUUCACACAGACAUGUGUGCCACAUUUAUUGACAAUGGUUAUUUUCAUCACAGUGACCCUGUUUGACAUUUUGCAAGGGUGGAAUAAUGUAAAUAUUACACUAAAUAUGCGUAAUGCAAUGGGUGUACAAUUCCUUGUUAUACCACCUGUCUUAAACCCUGUCAUAUAUGGACUUAAUCUCCAGCAGAUUCGAAGUGCAGUUUUUAAAAUGUGUAAUACACGUAAAAUCAUUGAUAUGACACAUUAGUUACAUGAUCUUACACAACAGGGAAACUUCCUGAUAUCAGAAGGUAAAAUCUGCCAAAACUGUUGCAAGGUUAAAUGGGCCCUCAUUUCUUGGUAUCUAUUGCCCUCUUCUGGGAAAGUGAUUUACAAAUAUUCCAAGAAUAGAGUAAUUGUAGCACACUUCCUGAGCAGGAAAAUGCCUCACCACGUCCC